AUUUUAGAGCUACCCCUAUUUUAUGAAUUUUAACAAUUUUUGGGUUGAAAUAAGUGAAUUCAAAGAUGCUCUAGAUCCCUGGCUUUUUGCAGCUUCCGAUCCACAACUCCAAGCUUGUUUACUCGUUAUGGUGAAUCAGAAUUAUCACCUAAUUAAUUUGGUAAAAGAGAAGCCGCAAUCCCAGUAUUGUACAAGUUGAUAUUGUGGUUGGUCAAUAAAAAACCAAACGAGAAAAGGGAUUGACAUUGGUACUAUCGAUCUAUUGAUAAUUAGCAGAUUAUGGUGGACAGAGAUGCUUGAAUUGAAGAAGCAGAGAAGAGAAGGGGGAGAUGGCAAGAGCAGAGUGGUGGGGUUCUAAUUGGAGAGCGACAUGGUGUUCCUACAAACGUACCACCAUUGUUGUUUGUUCAAUUAACAUUUUUGUUGCUCUCUAUGUGCUUCACGCAUACACUUCAGCAUACAUGUAUACUCGCAAUGAUACCCACAAGGCUUUUAGGUAUACUCCAGAUCAAGUUAGGAAAAUGGAAGACUCCAAUCGAAUAAGAAAACAACUACAACCUCUGGAACUUAUUCAACUAUUAAAGGGAUUAAAGGAAGAAUUUUUGGUUGAUGAAAACGUGGUGCAAGUGCCACACCAAAUUAAGCAGAAGAUAGCAGAUGAAAUACUAGCAACAUUGAAAGGUGUCAAUGCCCGUUACAAUGCAACAAUACAACGAGACGCAGUUGAAAGUUGGCGCCGCAAAAAAUUAAAAGAAGCCAGGGAGCUUGUUAAUAGGAAGACAUCAAAUUCAACUAUUUCCCCUGAGGAUGCCGGUCUACUUGCACAAAUUUUGGAUGUUGCCUGGGCUGACCUGUCAGAAGAAAUUGGUCUUUGGAUACCUGUUGCAAUAGUUAAUAAGGAACAUCAUGACAAACUUGAGGGUGAAGAAGAAUUUGACAAUGAAAUCAUAGCUGGCAGGCGGCUUCCUCCUGAGUGUAACGUUGAACUUCAUACCGAUUACGGUGGAGAUGCAGUCAGAUGGGGCCUUACCCACCCAAAAGAAUCUGCAUUUGAGUGUUGCAUGUCCUGUUUGAAUCAAGCUAAGAACGCUGGACCUAAUGACAAGAAAUGCAACAUAUGGGUUUAUUGCCCAUCUGAGACUGGAUGCUAUUCUCCAGAUAUUUAUGAACACAAAAAUCAGGAGUGCUGGCUGAAAUAUGCAGAGAAAGCUAAAUCGACUUUUAAGGACCGGUAUUCUGAGUCAUUCAGAAAUGCACACCCAAAUGCACCAGUUGUUGUUCCAUGGAUGUCUGGUGUUGUCAGUGUAUAAAUUCCCACUAACAAAAUAGACACUAAGCCUUCAUGCCAUGGUUCUUCCAUGGUGUUAUGAUGUCUUAUCAGGUUCCACGUCUAAGGCACUGUAUCUUCAGAUAAUUUUGCAAUGAGAUUUAUUGAACUGCAGCUUCUAAGCAUAGGUGCUUCUCUCUCUCUCUCUCUCUUUUUUCUGUCAUCAAGAGUCAUAGUGCUUGGACCAGUGUAACAUUCUUUUGUGUCACAUGGUGGAUAGAGUGGUAAUGGUAGCUUUAAGUUCGAAACUGACUGUGCGAAGGAUGUGGUGAAAACAUUUGAAAGCUUUUUAUUUUUUGUUUUUAUCCUUCCCCAACCCUACCCCAUCUUUUAUCACCUGAUGGAUGUAAUAUCCGAAUUGUGACAUUAUUGGUAUUGUAUUGCCCGAGUAGUACCGAGUUUUGGUGAUCAUACAAUGAAUUUGCUUACUGCAUGUUUCUUGUUUUUA